AUGUUUAGGCAGUGGUUGCAGGGCGGAGCUACGUGGUAUGGAAGCCCAAGUGGUGGAGGGAGUGAUGGAGGAGCUUGUGGGUUUAAUUAUGCCGUAGAGAAUCCCCCUUUCUACAAAAUGGUAUCAGCAGGAGGCCCUUCUUUAUACAAUAACGGCAAUGGUUGUGGAGCUUGUUAUCGGGUGAAAUGCACAGAUAACCAAGCAUGCUCCAGGAGACCCGUGACUAUAACUAUAACAGACGAAUGCCCUGGGUGUGUCGCCGAGCCAUUUCAUUUUGAUCUAAGCGGUACUGCUUUUGGAGCCCUGGCUAAGCCUGGUCAAGCUGAUAAUUUGCGCAAUGCUGGAGUCCUGCAACUACUGUUUAGAAGAGUUAAAUGCAAAUAUCCUGGUGUGACAAUAGCGUUCCAUGUUGAUGCUGGAUCCAACCCCUUCUAUUUUGCUAUGGUAAGCGAAUACGAGGACGGUGACGGUGAUCUGGGUGCUGUUGAACUCAAACAGAGCGGUGGUGAUCGGGAGUUAUGGCAUCCCAUGCAGCAUAGUUGGGGUGCAACUUGGAUGCUCAACUUAGGCUCACAGUUACAGCCUCCCUUCUCCAUCCGCUUAACCACACUCACAUUGCAUCACACUCUUGUGGCUCACAAUGUCAUUCCCUUCAAUUGCCAGCCCGGCCAAACUUACCGAUCUUGGGUUAAUUUUAAAACCUGA